UCACGGUAUCUCCGGUUCCUGCUGUCGGGAGUGCAGCACUUCUGGGCGCGUGAGGCUCAAUGGCGGCGCCUGUCAAGGAGGACGAUGUUGAUGUCGACCGGCGGCCGAUCCGGAGAGCUAGAUCUAAGAGUGACACCCCCUACCUCACCGAGACCAGGCUCUCAUACACCCUACAGACAGCAGAAGGGGCGGAGAGACUCGCCGCAAUGCGUUCUGAUUCGCUGGUUCCCGGCACUCACACUCCUCCCAUUCGUCGGAGAAGUAAGCUAGCGAGCCUGGGUCGACUCUUCAAGCCGUGGAAAUGGAGGAAGAAGAAGAGUGACAAGUUCAAACAGACCUCUGCAGUCUUAGAGAGAAAGAUGUCUACACGGCAAAGCAGAGAGGAGUUGAUCAAGAGAGGAGUGCUCAAGGAGGUCGACGAGAACGAGGAACAAACAGUGAAGAGUGAGUUGGACAGACUGGCAGUUAUUAGCCCUGUAUCUGAGGCGCAGGAAACAAAUGGAGAAGGAUCAGAAACAGAGUCGUCACAGUUGUCAGGGGAAACAGAGGUGUGUCUAGCAGGCCUCACCCCUAAGCCAGCUCCAGCCACACCCCCUACAAAAGGCAUUCCCCUUCCAAGCAAUGGCAUGGACAUCCCCCUGACCAAACCAUUAACGCUAAAGCAACCACCUGCCUUACCUCCGAAACCAUACAGCAGAAUACCCAACCAUUUAACAGACCCUUUAGGAAAAUUCUCCCCACCACUUCCCCCCAAAAAAGUGAUGAUCUGUGAGCCGGUGCCGACUUUCCAGCUCAGAUACCCACAGCCCUCAUCCAUGCACACACACUCCCUAACCCACACACACCCUUUGCAGCAUACCACUCUCCCGCUAUCCAUCCAUCCCCCGAGCCGCAUCAUAGAGGAACUUAACAAAACUCUUGUGUUUACCAUGCAAAGACUAGAGAGUUCUGUACUGCAGGCUGUACCGUCAGUGCAAAUGGAGAGUGAAGAGGAGAAGGAGAACAGAGAUGCAGCGCUUCACCUUCUGCCCAAUGCCCACACUUUCAACACCAACACGCUGACACCCAACACACGCACGUACAUCCCACCCACGCAUGAAGAAGAAGACGACGAUGAAGAGGAAGAAGAAGAAGAAGAAGAAGAGGACGACGAAGAAGAAGAAGAUGAAGAUGAUGACUCUUUAUUUACAAGUAGCCUGGCACUGAGGAUCCUUAGGAAAGACUCCCUUGCAAUAAAAUUGAGUAACCGACCAUCAAAGAGAGAGCUGGAGGACAAGAACAUUCUGCCCAUGUUGACUGACCAGGAGAGACUGGAGUGCAGACAGCAAAUUGGCACUAAACUCACACGGAGGCUCAGCCUGAGACCAACAGCAGAGGAGCUAGAGCAACGAAAUAUCCUAAAACCACGGAAUGAGCAGGAGGAACUGGAAGAGAAGAGAGAGCUCAAGAAAAGGCUGUCACGAAAAUUGAGUCAAAGGCCAACAGUUGAAGAAUUGAGGGAGGCGAAAAUUCUUAUCCGGUUCAGUGAUUACGUGGAGGUGGCCGAAGCUCAGGACUAUGACAGACGGGCGGACAAGCCCUGGACCCGCCUUACUGCUGCAGACAAGGCUGCCAUAAGGAAGGAGCUCAACGAGUUCAAAAGCACAGAAAUGGAGGUGCACGAAUUAAGUCGACAUCUAACCAGGUUUCACCGACCAUAGCGCUGACUGCUGAGCAGAAGCACAGGGCAUUACUAAUGACUAAUUCACCUCUGGGAUGUACUGAGUCUAAUGUGCUAGGAUCAAACUGUGCAAGGAUUGGGAUUUAUCAAAGAGACUAU